AUGGAAACAGUGUUUGUCACCGACGAUUCGGUGGAAGCUCAUGGAUACAACAUGACUGUUAAGUCGAUCCGUGUUCCCAUAGCUUGUUCAUGCGAAGAAAUAUUGGAACGCGAUGCCAUUGUGGGUAAAUGGAGGGAGCUGACGUCACCAGAGUAUCCGCUAUCCUACUGCAAUAACAUGCACUGCGUCUCGAGAAUUGCAGCUCCAGCAAGGCAUCGUGUUGUGUUGAACAUCACCGACUUCUACACGGAAUUGUACAGCGAUUUCUUGGUAUUAUAUGAUGGUCGUGACAUCAAUAAAGAACAUAUAGCGAUAAUCCUGGCUAGACACGUCUGCAAUAGGCUGGAUCUAGAACCCAACGACGAUAUUGGUCCAGAACCCAGUGAGGAUGUUGGUCCAGAGCCCAGUGACCACGCGGCUCUACUGGAUCGAGGAUCGAUCUCAUACAUUACGGUCGUAAUUGUGUUGUUGUCCGUGUCGAACACAAUCCUCCUCCUUCUUCUUGUGUAUAAA